GCAGAAACUGUUAGCAGGAAAAGUCUCUGCAUCCUGAACAACCAAAGCAUAUCUCAGGAGCAGAAAACAUGAAAAUCAUUCUGGUCUUUCUAUUCAUUGCCUCACUUGCUCUUUUGGCUAGAGCUGAGAAGGAUUAUUCCUCCUUGGAUUCUGCUGCGUCUCCCGAGACGAAGUCAAGAUUUGCCAUGCUAGAUGAUGUACGAAUCUUAGCCAAUGGACUCCUCCAGCUUGGGCAUGGUCUUAAAGACUUUGUCCAUAAGACGAAGGGGCAGAUGAAUGACAUCUUUCAAAAACUUUACAUUUUUGAUAGGUCUUUCUAUGAGCUCUCCCUGCAAACCAGUGAAAUCAAAGAAGAAGAAGAACAGCUCAGACAAACUACGGCCAGACUGCAAAUCAACAAUGAAGAGAUAAAGAAUCUCUCACAGGAGAUGAAUUCGAAGAUUGAGGACCUCAUACAAAACAAAAUCCAGCUACAAGAGAAAGUAUGGGGACUGGAAGACAAAGUCACAAAACUGGCCAUUAUCCAGCCUUCAGUGCAAGACACAAAAGAAAUUUCUUCACUCAAAGCUUUUGUGGAGCAGCAGGAUAACCACAUCAAGCAACUUCUCAAAAUUGUAGAGGAUCAGCACGUGCAACUUGACAGACAGCACAAUCAAAUAAUGGAUCUGGAGGACAAGCUAAACCACAUAGAGCUCCAGGAACUCGCAGAGAACUCCUUCCCGGGGGAGCAAACAGAACCAGAAGGCAUCUCCUUCCCUGUGCGCAACGCCACGGCUGUGACGUACAAAUCUGAUGGUGCUGCUCUUGACUGCACUGCUCUCUACAACAGCGGCACGCGGUCCAGUGGUGUCUACACUAUUAAGCCCAACGGCUCAGAAGCUUUCGAUGUCUACUGUGAAGUGAAACUUGGCAGCGCCUGGACUGUAAUCCAGAACAGAGUGGACGGAUCACUAGGUUUCAAUCAAACCUGGGAUGCCUAUACGAACGGUUUUGGUGACCUCAAUG